CCUGCUAUUUUUCAGUAGUGCUUUGUAGAGUUGUAUUCUAAUUUUAGCUGAUACUUUAAAAAUUAUUAACCACCAUUUUUUUUCAAAAUAUCAAGUUCUUUAAAAAUUUAUAUUCUGUACUAUUAAUAAAAUAAAAAAAUCCACGUAUAUUUAUAAAAUUUAUCUGAACAAUGAUAUACUUGAUUUUAUUUUGUGCAAUGUUUGCGCAAUUUGUGUGGUCUGAUGAGACUCUAACUGACAAAAUUAAUGGAAUUGAUCGCAACUUGUAUCUAAAUCCAAAACAAGGUUUUUUCGCUGGGAAGAGAACAAAAAUUUGGACAGCAAAAAUUAAUCCAAACAAUCCAGAUAAAUUUAUUUAUUCUGCACGCAGUGGGGUAAUGGAGAAAGUGGGUACUUUUUAUCAAGAUAGAAAAACAUUAUUUUCGCACACAAUAGACGUUAAACAAAGAACAAUCUACAAACGUGAUGUUGAGCUUGAUGAAAAUUUAAAUAUCCCGGAAAAAUCAAAAUUAGGCGAUCCAGAAAUUAUAUAUCCGGAAAUUAUGAUAUUUGUCGACGAUGCACUCUUUUCUCGUUUCAAUAAAGAUGUUGAAAAAACUGUGAAAUACAUUCUUGCUUUCUGGAAUGGUGUUGACUUACGCUAUAGAGCUUUUAAAACACCUGAAAUAUUUUUAAACAUCGCAAGAAUUAUUUUAGUUGAGGGUCCCCUUCCCUUUGAAAAAAAUACUUCUCCAUCUAAUGACAGAAACAAAAUAUUUGAUACAAGGAUUUUGAAUUCUUUUGGACAGUAUUUGUAUAAUGAAGACAGAAUUGGAUUUAAACGGGACUACGAUGUUGCUAUAUUAAUGACGGGAAAGGAUUUGAUAAAUGAAAACUAUGGAAACUUUACAACAGGUAUCUCUUAUGUAAAUGGUGCUUGUAAUAAGUCGGCUGAAGACUAUAAAAUUAGAGCUGUUGGAGUAAUAGAGGACAAUGGUGGUUUCAAGGGAAUUAGAGCUGGAGCACAUGAAUUAGCUCAUCUACUCGGUGCUCCACAUGAUGGUGAUGAAGGAACGUCUUUAGGUGGACCUGGAGCCAUAACAUGUUUACCGGAUUAUGGUUUUCUUAUGAGCUACGAACGAGAUAAUAGAAAUCAAUUUUAUUUUUCCUCUUGUACCAAGCAAUCAAUCACUUACUAUACAAGUCUAGCUCGAGCCGAAUGUCUUCGUGAUAAUCCUGCUCGAAAAAUGGGAACAUAUAAAUUAAAUAGAAUAUUACCAGGAAAACUUAUGACACUAAAUGAACAAUGCAGAAAAAGUGGAUUUUAUGCACCACGUUAUAAUGAUUCAAGUGUAUGCCAAGAUCUCUGGUGUUUAGAAAGACCAUUUGGUAAAAAAUCUUAUCAAUCAACUCAAGCUGCUGCAGAAGGAUCUUAUUGUGGGAAUAAUAUGUACUGUUUGGAUGGUUCAUGCGUCAGUGAAACAGCUACAGAUUCGUAAAUAAUUUUUAUGUUGUAAAAAUUACAAAUAGAUGAAAUAAUAAAUAUUAAUAAUUCUAGAAUAAGAA